UUGAUUGCUAGCAAUCUGGAAUUAUUGGAAAAAAGAUCUAGACUCGGACGAGCACGUGAGCCCGUUUCACAUGGUCCGCGGUAGACGAUAAACUAUUUUCAUACGGCAGAGCAUAUGACAACGUCGCGGCGUGAUCUUCAUCAAUCCAUUUUUUUAUAUUGUUUGAUGAACCUUUCGGAAGCACAUACCAUAUCUUCUCGUGAGAACAUACCCAUGUCAAUGCUCGAUGUUCUCGCACGCAAGUGAUUCGGAACAACCUUGGUGGAGGUCAUUGAGCAAGCAUGCCUCGUGAAGUGGAGAUUUCCAACAUUGAGCGGAAUUUUAUCCUCGAAGCCCUAGAACAAGAAAUUCGCGUGGAUGGCCGAACCCUAGAUCAAUACAGACCUCUUGAAUUAGAGUUCGGAGAGGACUUUGGUACUGUGACUCUUCGCCUAGGGAAAACGAGAGUACACGUCCAGGUAUCGGCGGAAGUAACGAAGCCCCUGGAAGAUCGCAAGUUCGAAGGCAUAUUCACGAUUGUUACUGAACUGAGUCCCAUUGCCUCCCCGGCAUUUGAAGUUGGCAGGCCCAACGAGCAAGAGCUCAUUCUCUCGCGUAUUCUCGAAAAAGCCAUCCGGCGGUCAAGGGCGAUCGACACCGAGUCCUUAUGUAUCAUUGCAGGGGCAAAAUGCUGGUCGAUUCGAGCGGAUGUGCACUUUCUGGAUGCAGACGGUGGCUUGAUCGAUGCUUCUUGCAUAGCCAUUGUCGCGGCUCUACGGCAUUUCCGGAGACCAGACGUGUCAGUUGACGGCGAAAAUGUCACCAUCUACACCAUGGCCGAGAGAGUGCCUGUCCCUCUAAGUAUUAUGCACCACCCGGUCUGCAUUACGUUCAGCUUUUACCACGGCGGAGACAUCAUACUGCUGGACGCGACGCGGAGCGAAGAACAGGUCAGGGAGGCUGAAGUGAUUCUGACGGUCAACGAUUUCGAAUUAUGCCAAGUUGCCAAACUGGGAGGAGGUGCCGUCGAUGCCGUGGUUCUGCUCAAAUGUAUCAACACAGCUUUGGCCAAGGGCAGAGACAUCAAUGGAAUCGUGGCCAAGAAAUUGGCUGAAGAUUCCACAAAGCGAGAUGUGGGAGGAUUGAUUGCUGAAUUGAGGGCGGAAAACGAGAGAUGAGGUCCUCUGACUUCGCAGACCUCAUGCUGCGCAGUCGAUAAGCUAAUCACAAAGACUCUUCGCGCCAUCAGGUGCUGAAGAGACAUGCGACCACCGGAAACCAUAGACAAGAUUCGCGAGUGUCUUGCAACAAUCUUGGAGCACAGAAUAUCGCCCCCAAGUCAGGUUACAGAGUGGCAGUGCACUAGGUGCAACGAUAGGUGAUCGCCCCACCAGAUCUCAUUUCAGCAGUGGACGCAGGAUCCAAUCGCUCGUGAGAAUAGCAGAGUAUCAGAGAGGGUAGAUACUUGGUGGAAUGCACUACAAAAGUGAUGAGGAAGAAGUCUUAGGCUUAAGGUAGUUGAUAGAGGCACGCUGAGUGUUUUAAGUGCCUGCAUCAAUCACCUAUUUUCAGGGU